AAGACCGAUGUAUCGCGAUAGCGCGCACGAACGCACAUCGCUCUUGACAAUUUUUCGUGUGCGUAGGAAUCGAAUUACGAGCACGUGGUGAUAAAAGAAAUUAAACCAUGUCGAGGCUCUAAUCCGGGAUUUAUCCGCUAAUCCGUGCAUAAAUAUACACAUGUACGACAGCUGUGCGUGAAGUGUAAACGCGAGCGCAUCAUCGGUGUCGCUUACGUGUCCGGGAUUCCUGUGUGCAUACAUACAUACACACACACACACGGAAAGUACAAUAUCCUUAUCCUUCGACCGACUCCGCCCGGCGCCAGGACAAAGGACGGUGACGUUGGUGUCGCCGCGGCAAGAAUCGCAAGCAUCUCUCGCUAAAAAAAAUCCCAAAAGCGCGUUUCUCCCGUCCCCGCUAUUCUCUCUGUCUCUCACGCGCGCUUUAGCGCAUACGAAGCAUAUAUCGAGUCCUCGCUUCCUCCAAUUUCCUUUUGUAUCGCCACUUGCUCCGGCAAGUAGUCUCGUAUACAUAUAUCGCCCUUCGCGUACUAUUCACGAGAUAAAUACGCGUGUUGCGUGUAACACGAGGAACGCCUUUUCUCUCCCUCUCUCGUUCUCUCCUUUCCUGUAUUCUCCCCCCGUCCCCUCCUACCCCGUUUUCCCUCCCUCGCCUCGACGGGACGUAGCACUCCGUCUCGCAACAGUGCGAAAUAUCAUAUAGCGAGCGCCCUCUCGUCCCCUCCAGCACCAGAGGUUCGUCGUCUCCCGUUUCCCGUCGUCCCGACGAAGAAUGGAGGCGACAGCGAAGCACGACUUCACGGCCACCGCCGAGGACGAGCUCAGCUUCCGCAGGAAUCAGGUCCUCAAGAUUCUAAAUAUGGAAGAUGAUAUGAAUUGGUAUAGAGCUGAACUGGAUUCUAAAGAAGGGCUUAUACCAAGUAAUUAUAUUGAGAUGAAAAGCCAUGAUUGGUACUAUGGAAGGAUAACUAGAGCAGAUGCCGAAAGAUUAUUAUCAAAUAAACAUGAAGGUGCCUUUUUGAUCAGAAUCAGUGAAAGCUCUCCUGGCGAUUUCUCCCUAUCUGUAAAGUGUUCCGAUGGUGUGCAACACUUUAAAGUAUUAAGAGACGCACAAGGCAAGUUCUUUCUAUGGGUUGUCAAGUUUAAUAGCCUCAAUGAAUUGGUAGAGUACCAUCGCACGGCAUCUGUUUCUCGCUCGCAAGACGUUAAGUUGCGUGAUAUGAUUCCAGAGGAGUGUCACAGCGUAAAACGAUUGUGUCAUGGCUUUCAGUGUCUGGUGCAAGCACUCUAUGAUUUCACGCCACAGGAGCCGGGUGAGCUCGAGUUUCGACGAGGAGACGUAAUCACUGUUACAGACCGCACAGAUCAACAUUGGUGGCACGGAGAGAUUGGAAAUAGACGAGGACUGUUCCCGUCUACCUAUGUUACGCCAUAUCACUCCUAGGCUUUAUACGGCCGAGUGCACAGAGGUCGUUAUUGGGAACAACGGCCAUCUUAUCCCACCACUAUCACUUACAGGAUUCGAAUCGCUGCGGAUUUGAUAAACAAUAUUUUACAAACCUCACCUAUCGAAUGGGCCGCUAAAGUAUAUUGGUGGUCUCGCCGGAAAGUCUUCUGAUAAACACGAUUUAAAGUGAUCAUAUAUUACAACACCAAGAUGCUCUGGUUGUCGCAGAAGAAUAGUUAACGCGUCUAUUCGGAGGAAAAGAGAAAAAAAGAGAGAAACGAUAGAUUACAUCGAAACGUUCAUGCAUGAAGAUAUAACAUCUAGAAUCGACUUAAAUAUUUAAUCGAUUUGAAUAUUGAAAGAUGUUUGAUGAUAUCCGAGGAUCCAAGAGGAUAUAAGAAUGCGAUUUAUGAAUGUCUAGGGAUCUAAAGAUGCCUAAAAGAUGCCUAAGGAUCUAAGGAUUUAAGCAUUUAUAAAAUUCUAACAAAAAAUCUGUAAUGAUCCUUUAUGUAAGCGUUAUCUAAGUAUCUAUAUAUAUAUAUAUAUAUAUGUAUAUCUCCAAGGAUCUAAGGGUCUCUUUUAGAACGCGAUCUCCACCUUGGUGGAAUCGCGUUCGUGAAUAAUCGCAUAUGUACAUUUUUGUUUCUUUUUCUUUUUUUUUCUUAAGUAAGCCUUCUUUUUGAUGAUUCUAUGUUUUACUUACGGCGUAAAGCACAAAAGUUAGCAUUAUUGUGUAAUUAUUAUUAUCUUUUAUGGUUAUUAUUAUUAUGACUAUUAAUGUGUUAUGUUACAUUUUAUUGAUAACAAUAUAUUAUAUUAAUUAUAGCCGCGUGUGCUUUGUUUACUUGUGCCCAAACGGUACCGAUUAUACUCCUUCGAAUAGCAGCGUCGCGAGAUUACAAGCUAUACCGGUAGCAUUUAUCUCGCAACUAGUAUAACGAGUGACCAGUCUACUCGUUUAUUACAUGCUAGCGAGUGUGCCAUUCGGGAGACUUCCUGCUGUCGUACGCUUUUAGCUUUAUCAAUCGACCGCGAUAAAUCCUAGAAACGGAAACUCGCAUUUCGCAAUCACGCUCUUUAUUCCGCUGGUUUUAAUAACGAUGUUUGUCUCCUGUAAUUAGAGAAAUUAAGAUACUAGAAUAUAAUUUAGAUUCUCGGAUCUAUAUAUAUAGAAAGAAUUAUGUAGUAAAAUUUAAAUUUGGAGAUUUCAAAAGUCUCAAUGUUUAGAGAAUGUUUAUAGAAUCCAAGUACAUCUUGUGACCUAAUAUCACAUUCUUUUGAGACUUAAGUUUACAACAAUUGACUAUUUAACUACGUUAAUAGACUGCUGCUGGAUUACUUAAUUACUUAAGUUUUCAACUCAAAUUAUGUGCAAAUUAGUUAAUAUUAUUAAUAAGAAGAAAACAAGAGAGGAAAAGACCAGUAAAAAAAAACAAAUAAGAGAGAAAAAGGACAGUAUAUUAUAACAAUUUAAAUAUAUUUCACGACCAAAUGCAAUUAGACUCAAAAAGAUGUAUCUAUCAUUAGUAAAAUGAAUCACUUGAUGAAUUAUAUUUAAUGUGAUUAUUUAUUAAUCGAAUUAAAAUUGCUCCAAGAAACUGCUAAUAUAUGCUCUUACUUCAAAAUACACUGUAAAGCAUAAUACUUUUGGACCAAACAAAUGUAUAAUAAUAAUAAUAAAAAAUAACGAAACAAUGUUUAUCCAAGCCUGACGAUCAUAAAUCAUCGCGACUCGCUUUCUCUUUUGUACGAUUGCUGUUUCUAUUGCUAAUUAACUUAAGCUAUAUAAUAUUGACUAUAAAUGUGAGCUGAUAAACUGUGCAUUUUACGCAUGUAAUCGCGUGCGACACAAGUGCAUUAAAAUAUGAAACUUAUGGAGAAGAUGAAGGAAAAUAGCGACGUAUACGCAAAUAUGAGACUUAUAAUUAUUCACUGCUGAUUGUAUGUUUAACACUUGGUGCCACAGUUUCUUAUACAUAGCAAUAACAUCAUAUAAUACGAUUGUAGUUAUUAUUAGCGCGAUGGUAUAACAAAACAUAUAAGAGAGGAUAAGCCAUUAUAAAAUGCUGGUACAAUAAAUGGCAAAUUUCGAAUUGGA